GAAGAAGAAGAAGAAGAAGAAGAAGGACAUCAGAGUAAAUUAAAUUACGACCACAGUGAGAGAACUAAAACCCUUCCGGGCAGAAAUUAAAAAAUCCUCGAGGCUUUGCUUCAUCGGGAAAGUAUUAUCCUCAGGAGAUUUUGAAAUUUAUGCGAAAAGUAAAAUAGAAAGAGAGAGGAGGAUGAUGAAGACGAGGUUUUUGGAUUGGUAUUUGAAGAUAGCGAUCGGAUCGGCUAUUAUAGGCGGAGGCAUGGAGCUCUUCAUGAUCAAGACUGGUUUCUACGACAAGGUUACUGUAAUAGAAGCAGAGAAACGGGCCUGGGAAAAUUCUCCUGAAGCUCAAGCCAUGAGAGAAGCUCUUAAUCCCUGGAGAAACAAGGACGCUGAAGCUAGCAAAACUCCAUAGAUCAAUGAAGCACCUCUUUAUUCUCACAAAUGUUACAGUAGAAAGAGCAGAGACAUGUUUGAGGCUUGGACUUUGUAAGUAACCCAUACAUGUGUUUGUUAAAUCGAACAGGUGAGCAACAAUUAAUAUUGGCAAAUCGCUGAAUUGUUAUUUUUUUUAGCAAAGCAUUUCACCUAUGUUACAAUACAAAAAGCAGAGACAUGUUUGGGACACUAUUUGAA